AUGAUAGUGCAGCUAAUUGAGCCCGAUCAAAAAGAAAGGGUGAUUUACUACUUAAGCAAGAAGUUCACUAAUUGUGAGAUCAACUACAUUGCCAUUGAAAAGAAGUGUUGUGCCCUAGCAUGGGCAUCACGCAAGUUAUGGCAAUAUAUGCUCUACUUCACCACAAGGCUUAUUUCCCGCAUGGAUCCCAUUAAAUACAUCUUUGAAAAGCCAGCUCUAACAGGAAAGAUCUCUCGUUGGCAAAUGUUGCUCUCCGAGUUCGACAUUGUGUUUGUGACAAGAAAGACCAUCAAGGACCAGGCCAUAGUCGAUUACCUAGUGGACCAGCCACUAAACAAUCCAAAACUUUCAGAAUCCCUCUUCCCUGAUAAGGAUGUCAUGGCACUAGAGCCAAAGCCAGACAGUGUGGAACCUUGGUGUUGGAAGGUUUAUUUCGAUGGAGCCGCCAAUUCUACCGAAAAUGGAGUGGGAGCAGUCUUAGUUUCCCCCAAGGGCCAACAAAUCCCUGUUUUAGUCAAGCUGAAUUUCGGUUGCACCAACAAUGUCAUCGAAUACAAAGCAUGCAUAGUCGGCCUACAAGUGGCCCUAGAAUUUGGAGCCUAUGACUUGAGCGUCUUUGAAGAUUCCCUGUUUAUCAUCUCCCAAAUUGAAGGAAAAUCGCAAGCCCAAGACACUAAGUUGAUUCCAUAUCAGAAAUGCGUCAGCCGCUUGAUUUUGAAGUUUUGA